UAUAAAUGAUUAUAUAUUAGGAACCUAUUCAUUCGAUUCAGAACUUUACUUCUAGCUGUAACUAGAAUAUCAUUCUUCAAGCUGACUGAUAAUCAGAAAUGUGUUUGCUAACCAACACUUACAUUGAGCGAGAAUAACUUGAAACUCCAGCAUAACUAUCUGAAUAAAUACUCUGUAGAUGAUUCAAUUACGUCAACAACUAAGAAGAAACAAAAAAAAGUUGCUUGUCAACAAAAUGUCAGGCGUUUAAAACCAUCGUUUCGCAUAACAAUAUAAUAGUUUCGGUAUGACCAAAUUUGCAUAAAACAGAUAAAAUUUAGUUCAAAAUGCUAAUAUUGCUUCUGCCGUGUCAUGCGAAUAAUACCUAAGAAUCGGGUACGGGCCGAGACGUUGCGAUCGGCCAAGCUUGGUCCAUGGACCCGCUAAAGAUCGUAUUGCAGCCUAUUAUAAUUAUAGCCUGGUUCUUUUUUGGACCUCAUAACAACGACUAUAGUCAUCGAUACAUAGUCAGUCAGACAACGGGAACUGGCAGUGAGAGCAGUAAGAGCAGCACUAACGCCACCAGCCCCGACUGCCCAGGGCUAACACACGCCAUCUUAGAUAUGGCCGAAACAGCUGGCAUUAUCAUCUUUAUCCUAUGGUAUCUUGGCAUCGCCUUCAACUAUUACAUGGAAUGGUUGCCCGUGAAACCCCGAGAACCACCGGUCGAAAUACAACCGGUUGAUACCAAGCCUUCCAAGUUAUCCAAGUGGUCCAAGUUUACCAAGUUUUGCAAGGGUUCCAGGGGUUCCAAGGUUAUCUGUGAAUGCCCUUCUAUAGACGAUCCCAUCCCCGAACCAAAUGAAACGAUUUAUGAGAAAAUAAUGAAUUUAGUGAAUUAUAUAAAUGGUUGGCUACCUCUGCCUGAGCCAGAAGAUGAGCCCGAAGUCGCAGAUCCGCCUGAAAAGCCAGCACCUCCGCCUGAACUAAGAUAGGGCCGGAUACCUUUCAUGCCACCGCCCCCUCCUCCUCCGCCUGGCGCCGCGGCCCCCGCCGCACCGGCCGCGCCCGGGGCUCCUGCGUCGGGAACGCAGACCGAGCCCCCAAAACCACCGCAUCCGAAGCCACCUUUGGCCGAAUUACGAUAACGGGAAAAGGCAUCAACUUCAGCUAAAUCGCUUAUGCCCAUAUUGGACCGUUAUUGCAGAGAAAUUGUGACAGCAACCCAUUGACGGCCUUUGUCGGAUGCUUCGAGUCUUGUCAAACAACAUGCUUACCUACAUACUAACAAUAUUUGAGGUUAUAAAUUGUUAGUUUGAACGAACAAUUCAAAUGUUAACUGCGUGUUUUCAAAGUAUAAGUAUGUAGAUAACAAUAAAUUGGAAAACAAGUAA